UCCAUCUUUAGUCGUAGCAGCUGACCUUAAUGGAUAUAAUUAUAACAUAGCUGAUGCAGUAGAAUAUUUAAAAAAGAUAGAUGAAAACAAAUAUAUCCCAGCUAAGGCUAUAUUUACUGUGCAUAAUAGUCGUAGUGAUUUUAUUAGGCGUAGUGAUUUGAUUAUGCGAAAUACUAAUAGUCCUUGCGCGUUGAAUCGAAAAAAG